AUGUCUCUUCUAGUUUCUAGCUGGUCUAAUGGAGUUCAAUCCGUACCUAAAGACUAUGUGAUGCCACCAGAAAAGAGAGCUGGUGAUUUCGUUAACAUUUGUAAGGAGAUUCCAGUGAUCAAUCUUCAAAAUGAUCGGUCUGAGAUAGUCCAACAAAUUCUAAAAGCUUGUCAAGAAUUCGGUUUGUUUCAGGUGAUCAAUCAUGGAGUUUCUGAUGAUAUGAUGGCGGAUAUGAUGGUUUUGUAUACUGAAUUUUUUAACCUGCCGGUUGAGGAUAAAUUAGUCGUAUAUGCGGAGAAAUAUGGUGGUCAGGAUUGCGCUCUUUACACAAGUGGUUUGGAUUUUGCAAAAGAGGAAGUUCACUACUGGAAAGACACGCUAAAGCAUGGGUGUCAUCCAUUAGAGAAUCACACACCAUCUUGGCCAGAUAAACCAACAAGAUAUAGGGACGAGGUCGGUAGGUAUUCAAUUGAAGUGCGAAAAAUGGCAUUCCAGAUUUUAGAUUUGAUUGGGGAAGGACUCGGGCUUAACAAGGGGCACUUUGAAGAAGUGAGCUGUGAACAAGCAAUGGUAAAUAACUAUUACCCAUUGUGCCCUGACCCAAGUUUAGCCAUGGGCAUUGGCAGCCACACUGAUCCAAAUCUGAUAACUUUCCUUCAACAAGACCAAUAUGGGCUACAAUUACAAAAGGAUGGAAAAUGGUUAGGAAUUGAACCAAUUCCAAAUGCUUUUGUGGUCAACCUUGGUUACCAACUCCAGAUUAUAAGCAACGGAAAGUUGAAAAGUGCGCAACAUCGUGUGGUAACAAACUCAAAAGCUGCUAGAACAUCAAUUGGAACAUUCUUUGGUCCAAGUCUAAGUCUUAAUCCGACUGUGAUAGGGCCUGCAAAAGAGCUGGUUACAUCUACCAGUCCUCAAAUGUUUAAAUCAUAUUUAUAUGAAGAGUUCAUGGUAGACUACCUUGUCUCUGUUCGCAUACCUGGUUCAGGAACAGUGUUAGAUUCUUACCGGCUUUAA